AUGAGUGCGAGAAAGGGAUUGGUGUUGGUGAUGGCUCUAUGCUUCACCUCUGCUGCAUAUGCGGCAAGGUUUGACAUCACAAACCGCUGCCCCUACACUGUGUGGGCCGCGUCUGUGCCGGUUGGCGGUGGCAGGCAGUUAAACUCUGGCCAAUCUUGGUCCGUUGACGUGCCCGCAGGAACCAAGGCGGCCCGCAUUUGGGCCCGAACCGGAUGCAACUUCGACGGGUCGGGGCGCGGUAGAUGCCAGACUGGUGACUGCGGUGGUGUACUGGAGUGCAGAGCAUACGGUGUACCUCCGAACACCCUAGCGGAAUACGCGCUGAACCAGUUCAGCAAUUUGGACUUUAUCGACAUUUCCCUGGUGGACGGUUUCAACGUUCCGAUGGAGUUUAGUCCAACGUCGGGUGGAUGCACACGUGUCAUACGAUGCACUGCGGACAUUAAGGGACAGUGUCCCGCUGAGCUCAAGACCGAAGGUGGUUGCAACAACCCUUGCACUGUCUACAAAACGAACCAGUACUGUUGCACUUCCGGAAGCUGUGGCCCCACUCCUCUCUCCCAAUUCUUCAAGCAGCGAUGCCCCGAUGCUUACAGUUAUCCCCAGGAUGACAAGACAAGCUUAUUCACUUGUCCCGGUGGAACCAACUACAAAGUUAUCUUCUGUCCUUGA